AUGGGAAAAAGGACUGGACUGCUGCUGAGUGGUCCAAAGCAAUUCAUGUUUCUUUUGCGUUUCAAGCACUUCAUGCUUUUUGCUGCUGACCAACUUUAUGGAGAUGCAGAUUUCAUGUUCCAACAGGACUUGGCCCCUGCACACAGUGCCAAAGCUACCAGUACCUGGUUUAAGGAGCAUGUUGUCACAGGACAGCAUCCUGAUACCACUGAGUGGUUCAAGUUCCAUAUUUUGGUCAACCGUCUCAAGCUGAAAGAUGCUCUGCUGAUUGCAAACUCGUACAGUAACAGCAGGUAUCAAUACACCAAGACUGUGACUGCACUCACAGAGCUUUAUGGUCAGCCUCAUAAAAAAUCACUGAAGUGCGGGCUGAGCCACCAGUCAACAGGGACAGCAGAGGGCUCUACCGAACAUCAAACUCCUGGCAAGAGGCGCACGCCUACAGAGGGGACCAAGCGAGAAGCUGGCAACAUGCCCUUCAGAAUCCACUGCUAUUGGCUUCCACUAUUCUCCAUGAUGGCCUUGGCCUUCAUGAUCCCCUGCUCCGGUGCCCCUGAUGUUAGGGAGAGACUGAAGAAAGAGGAGGCCGAAAUGCUGACAGGGGGCAGAGAGGAACUGAGUGGAGAUGAGCAGAAGCUGGACACACGCCUGCACACUUUGAAGGAAAAUGAGAUGAAAUGCCCUCCAUUCCUUCCUUCCAUGCAUUUUUUCAAGGCACGCUCACACAUUCAGAAAAGUGCUGUCUUUAAAGUCUUAAAGGAAAUGCCCAAAGGUGCAGCUCUCCAUCUACACAGCAGUGCAAUGGUCAGCUCUGAGUGGCUGGUGGAAGUCACCAAAAGGCCCAAAUGCUACAUGUGCCUCACAUCAACAUCAGCGCAAUUCAAGUUCUCAGAAAAACAGCCUGUCAAAGACAGGAUAUGUAACAAUGACUGGCAACUGUUAGAGACCCUGAGAGCUGGCAUGGACAACAAUGAAAAGGCCAAGUUUGACAAGAGGUUACUGAUGCAGUAUAUCUCCCUGUUUAAUGAGAACCCUGAGUCUGCAUACCCAAGUGACAAUGACGCGUGGGAUAAGUUAAAAAGUGGUUUCAAGGCAAUCUCCGGACUGGUCGACUUUGCACCUGUGUUUGAAGAAUAUCUUUUAGAAAGCCUGAAAGAAUUCUAUGCAGACAAAGUUAUAUAUAUGGAAAUCAGGAGUGCUUUGCCAAAGACUUAUAACCUUGAUGGCACAAAAAAUGACAAAGAAUGGACCCUAAGAGCCUUUCAGAAAGUGAGUGAAGACUUUUCAAAGAAACAUCCUGACUUCUUAGGUAUACGGAUCAUACUAUCUACAGACAGGUUUCGGGACAAGAUCCAGAGUGUUGUCAAUAAUGCUGUUAAACUAAAACAAAACUACCCAGACCUAAUUGUAGGGUUUGACUUGGUGGGGAGGGAGGAUACUGGGAAGACUCUCCUGGACUACAACAGUGUGCUGUCUGCCCAUUCUGCUAAGGAUCUACCCUACUAUUUCCAUGCGGGAGAGACCAACUGGCAGGGCACGAAAGUGGAUGACAACUUGUUAGAUGCCCAGCUGUUAAAUACUCGUCGACUCGGGCAUGGUUAUGCACUGCCUCACCAUCCUGUGGUCAAAAGUCAGUUGAGAAAAAAAGGCGUGGCUGUGGAAGUAUGUCCGAUAUCCAACCAGGUCCUGAGGCUGGUCUCAGAUUUACGUAAUCACCCUGCUGCAGUUCUUAUGGCUGAGGGUUACCCAAUGGUCAUAAGUUCUGAUGAUCCCACCCUGUUUGGGAACCCUGGACUCUCCUAUGACUUCUAUGAAGCCUUUGUUGGAAUUGGAGGGAUGAGCGCUAACUUGGGCACCCUGAAAGAACUUGCAAAGAAUUCAAUAACGUACAGCGCUCUGCCAGAGGAAAGAAAGGAAGAGUUGAUGGCGAAGUGGCAGAGAAUGUGGGACAAAUUUGUUUCUGAUCACUGUAAUAUACCACCUGAACAGAUGCUGUGCUGAAUUUUUUCAGAAAACAUUUCGAUGGCACCCAGCAGUUCUUUUACACUUUCUUUGCACAGUUGUGCUUUAUUAUACCUGUCCCUCUCUCUUCUUCUCUGGG